AGAAGGAGCAUUAAAGCACCUCACACUUCUUUCCAAGUAGUCCCUUGUCUCCUCCUACUUUGAGUAGUUUCUUUGGACUUGCACUCUACUUCAUGGAUUCUCCCUUCAUCUGGGUCUAAACUCGUGUUAAGGCCAUUCAGUGGGCUCUGAAUGUGUGUGUGUGUGUGUGUGUGUGUGUGUGUGUGUGUGUGUGUGUGUGUGUGUGUUUAAUUUCUAGAAGCUCCCAUGUAUGAUGGUUCUUUAAAAAAAAAUAACUGGGGGCUGGGGAUUUAGCUCAGUGGUAGAGCGCUUACCUAGGAAGCACAAGGCCCUGGGUUUGGUCCCCAGCUCCGAAAAAAAGAACCAAAAAAAAAAAAUAACUGCAUAUUGUCCAGUUGUUGAGAAUAGAAACUUAGAGACCUGACUCUGGCACAACAAACCAUGUCCUUUAUGUCUCUGGCUGAUAAUUCAAGUGCCUGGGUUUCUUACCAUCUGUUUUUAGGCUGUUUCUCAUUCACCACGUCUCCUCUCGUGUUCCUCCAGUCUUUGCUCCUGGGCUGGAGAAAUACCUAAUUUUUUUUUUCUUUCAGAAAUAAGCAACAGCUAGGGUAAUGUUGUCAGUGUCCUGGAAAGCUCCUGAUUGCAGAUACAGAUACCCCAGCCCCCUGCAGUUACGCUUAGCCUAGGAGUGGAGAACUUGAGGAUUCCUGAGUUUAGGGCCUGAGCUACCAGAUGAUGCUAAGUUGGGCUACUGUCCAGCUGAGUGCUGACUUGCCUCUGCCCAUCCCCUCACCCUUUGGGCACACUCUUCUUUGUUUUCAGUCAAAAGCAGGUGUGGUUGAAUAUGGUCCACACCCUUGAUGGGUCCUGGACUCUUAUUUGUUUCCUUAACCCAGAAAGAUGCCAAAAAUGACAGAGUCCCUUCCCGGCCCUUCCCGAAAGGGCGGGAUAGCCUGGGUUCCAGGAUCUCCUCGCUAGCCUAGCUUACCCUGGGGAGUCGUCACCAUGCUUUUGAUUUUUGCUGCUUCUAUGGAGAUGACAUUUGUGUGCUGCCGUGAGUUUUUCCUUGUUUUAUUAGGAGGGUUGACCCUCACUGCAUUGCUCAUCGUCACCGGAAGCUUGUCUGCGUUUUCACCUAAAGUUUUAAAGGGCUUUCUUGAUCACUUUAGCUCAGUUCUGUAUAAAGGGUGUGGUAGGAUCACAUUCUUCCUUUCCGCAGAUCCUGUGCGUGCCUCUUGAGUCCUGUGUCAAAACUCUGUGUAAAGAUCUAAGUCUGGGAUUCAUUUCAGCAAUAGAGUGAGGUCGGCCUCCUUCCCCUUCAGGGGUUGGGAUCUUGACUCCAAGCAGAGUGAUAGCGUUUAGAAGUAGGACCUUGAAGACAUUGUGAUGAUGGUGCACGUGAACGAGAGUAGUGCCCUUACAGAAGAGGCUUCAGGAUUCUCUCGCCCUUGCCCUCUGUGAGGACGCAGGAAGCAGAUUUAAGUGUGUAAACCCAGAGGAACCUGAUCUUAGAACCCCAGCCCCAAAUGCAAAGAAUACUGUGUUUUCAUAAGCCAUCUAGCCUGUGGGAUUUUCAGUUAAUUUCUUUCUUUUAAAUGAUGUUUUUCUUUAACUUUUUAUAUGUAUGGAUGUUUUGCCUGCAUGUGUGUCUGUGUGCCAUGUAUGUGCAGUGCUUGAGGAGAGGCUGGAAGAGGGCAUUGGGUCCCUUGGAACUGGAGUUGCAGAUGAUUGUGAGCCACAACAUGGGUGCUGGGAAUUGAACCCAAGUCCCCUGGAAGAGCGGCAUUAGCUUUUUUUUUUUUUUUUCUUUUUUUUCGGAGCUGGGGACCGAGCCCAGGGCCUUGCGCUUGCUAGGCAAGUGCUCUACCACUGAGCUAAAUCCCCAACCCCACAGCAUUAGCUUUUAAUCAGAAAACCAUCUCUAGAUCUGGAGUUUUGUUUUAACACCAUGAAUUGAUGAAGACAAUUCCAUUAUGUCUCUCCCCAGCCCUGCUAAGUUUUGUUCUAGGCUACACCUUACUGAUAUCUUAAUUACUGAAGCCUUAGGCUUCUUCUUAUUUGGCUUCUGUUUGGAAUUGCUGUGAAUCUGGUGUGAUCAGAAACAGCUGUGUGUAUGACCUCAACCUUCAUACCCAAGUGCACGGGAUAUUUAUGACAUCAUACCCAAGUGCGCAGGAUAGCUCCAUCCCUCUGACUUUGACAAAUCUUGCAAAGUUUUGUAAUUUUUCUCAUCCUUUAUUCUAUAGCCUUGUGGAAUCCUCUCCUUAAAAUAUCUUUUAAAUUGUGUGUAUCUGUGUUGGUGAAGCUAUAGAAUGCAUCUCUAAGGCCAUAGGUGACAGACUCCUGGAGCUGGAGUUACAGGUGGUUAUGAACUGUCCCACAUGGGUGCUAGAAAUUAAACCCGGGUCCUUUGCAAAAGCAAUACUCCCCUUUUAAUCUCUGAGCCAUCUCACUAGCCUCAAUUUUACUUUUUGUUAUUCCUUUUCUUUUCUUUCUUUCUUUCUUUCUUUUUUUUUAAGACUGAUAUUGAAUUCACCUGCCUUCCCAGUGCUGGGACUAAAGACUUGUUAUAUCAUGAUAUAUAUGUUAUACCAUGACAUACCAGCUGGAAUCCUCCCUUGAGAGUAAAAGGAAGGGUUGUCAAGACUUGCAAGAGGGUAUAUUUUACUGCAUAUAAACAAAGACUUAAUUUUUAAAAAAAGAUUUAAUAGCAGAUGGUGCAUGUCUAAAUAGUAAAAUCUGGCAGAUCUGAGUCUGCCACUGAGAGAGCUUAGAACACUAGAGUUUGAAAUAGAGGAUUCUUAAACAGAACUUGUAUACCCAGGCCUGACUCUGUGUGUGUGUGUGUGUGUGUGUGUGUGUGUGUGUGUGUGUGUGUGUGUGUGUGUGUGUGUGUGUGCGCGCGGGCGCGCAUGCAUGUGUGUUGCUUCAAUGAUCCAUCCUAAAUGCUGCCAGAGAUGGGUCCUUUCGUUUGCUGGCAGGGUUACCCACUGAUGCUAUCAAGUAACCAGGCCCAGGCCCCGGCCCCGGCCCCGGCCCUUGCCCAUGCCCAGGCCCAGGCCCAGACCCAGGUCCAGGCCUAGGUAGUGUCUGUCGCCUGUAUCUGAGGUGAGGUCGGAUAGUCAGGCAUCCUUCCCUGCUGACAGAGUAGUCUUUUGGCAAUCUGCAAUGUCAGCCUCCACACAACUCAGGUUCCUUCCGGCCACACCCGCUAGUUCAAAGUCACCUGCUGGGGGCGCCACCGACGCAUCAAGGACCCAAGUGCUGUCACCGUCACGUCACCUCCUCACCAGGGGAGGCGCUGUCACAUUUCCUGGUCAGCUGCCCUCUCCUGCUGAACUGCGCCUCUGACUUCAUGGCCGCCCCCACUUCCGGCCUGGGCUUCCUGGGAUACCUGCUGCUUCUGCUUCUACUGGUUACCCCAACCUGGGUCACACCAGUCAGUCACCGACACCCUAAAAGCCAGCCAAAUUCGCUGAGCAGUGACGUGGGUAGGCCCCUGUCCCAGGGUCUGGGUAGUGAUCCUUUCUCCCUGGAUGGAACCUCGGCCUUAAGCCCGGGCCCGGCCCCUCCCCAUUCAAAUAUACGUUGUCCCUUCCUCCAUCCGUGGCCGCCCCUCUUGUGGUGUGGCCGUGAGCCCAGUCUGCAUUUGUUCCUCUCCUCAGCCUGUGGCCAGCCAGCUCUGCACGGCAAGCUCUUGGGUGGAGAGUUGACUAUUGAUCGGAAAUGGCCGUGGCAGGUCAGCAUACAUUACGCUGGCUUUCACGUCUGUGGUGGCUCCAUCCUCAAUGCCUACUGGGUGCUGACGGCAGCACACUGCUUUGCCAGGGAGAAGAGACUCCAAACCUUUGACAUGUACGUGGGCAUCACCAACCUUGAGGUGGCCAACAAACAUACCCAGUGGUUUGAGAUCAACCAGGUGAUCAUUCACCCCACCUUCGAAAUGUUCCACCCUGUUGGAGGGGACGUCGCGCUAGUGCAGUCGAAGAGCGCCAUCGUAUUUUCUGACUACGUGCUUCCAAUUUGCUUGCCAUCUUCCAACCUGAACCUCAGUGAUUUGUCUUGCUGGACUACUGGAUGGGGAAUGGUCUCACCGCAAGGCGAAACCGGGAAAGAUCUGCUGGAAGCGCAGUUGCCACUAAUCCCUAAGUUCCAGUGUCAGCUGCUCUAUGGAUUGACAUCCUACCUCCUGCCAGAGAUGCUGUGUGCUGGGGAUAUCAAGAAUAUGAAGAAUGUGUGUGAGGGUGACUCUGGCAGUCCACUGGUGUGUAAGGUGAACCAGACCUGGUUGCAGAUUGGAAUAGUAAGCUGGGGACGUGGAUGUGCCCAACCCCUGUACCCAGGGGUGUUUGCCAAUGUCUCCUACUUUUUGAAUUGGAUCCGUUACAACAUGGAAACCAUACCUGAUCCUCCUCAGCUAACCCCCUUUGUCUCUUCAUCCCUGAGAGCCACCGUAAGCAGUUUUGUGACUAUAAUGGGGAGCCUGUUGGUUUUGUGAGGACUGAGACACCCACACCCUUGGGCUGCUUCAUGCCCUGUUUCUGUCCUCCAUAGCUGUCCGAUCAUGCUCCCAUGCAUUUUGUGCCAUGAAGUCAGGACGCUUGUCCCAGACUCUUAAGUCUGUAAGAGGCUGAGCAAGAGAACUGGGGAGGGGCAGGACCAGGAGGGAGAGGUGGGGACAGCUGGGGUGAACCAAGAGCUUGGGUUCUACUCAUGUGACAGACAAAAUUUAUUAAAGGUUUGUGAAACAAG